AUGACUGGACUUUCCGCCUUUUGGAUUGAACAUUUUGUGCUCUGCCGCUCAGGAAUACCCAAGUGCCAUCGUGGGUUCAGGAGGAGGAUGUACGGGAGGCGUGCAUCGCAACUGCUGAAGGAGAUCGACUCUUCUGAGGCUGGACAGCUCGCGCCAUUCAACAGUGACGUGUUUGAUCAGGUGAUUAGAGAGUGCAAUGAGCACAAUUCACAAUUUCAAUCAUUGAUCAGGAAAAUGGUGGAACAAAACUUAGAUAUCGAGACAACUAGAAAUGAGGAUCACUAUGGUGCAGCUAUCCACCAUCUUUCCCUGCUCCGUAACAAAAGAUGCCUUAUGGCUUACAUGUACAACCGAGCAGAAGUUAUUCAGAGUUUUAGAUGGAAGGUUGGCCCUGUGCUUCCUCACGACAUACAAGAAAAGCUCCAUUUCUCAGAGAAAGAGUACUUCAAGAACCACUCUGCAGCCAUUAAAUCAUACAUUUCAGAGAUGGAUAUAGAUUUGACAGUGGAUAUGGUUCCUCCCAAGGAUACUUACAUUCAGGUUCGGGUGCUGGAGGACAUUGGCGAAGUAUCUCUUGGUGACCAUUCUGUGUCAUUGACCAAGAACUCACUCCAUUUCCUAAGGCGCACAGACGCUGAACAAUUUAUAUCACAGGGUCUUAUGGAAGAAUUUCUGGAGUAG